UCUGUUUGGCUGGCAAAUGCCUCCGGUGUAACAAGCCCAGCAUUAUGGGAGACUCAGGACCCCAAGACUGGAUGGAGCCUGACCGACCGACCGCUGCCCUGAGCUCAUCGAGGCGCUUUAUACCGGGAUAAAAACAUUUCGUGUGUAUAUACAAUAAUAAACAGCCUGCCAGUGAGCUGCAGAGGAGGCGGUGUUUGCUGGAAUUCAAUCAGAGCCAGACUCGCGGCUGGUAGGUUAACGAGGAAAGAGGGACGUGAGGAAACUGGAAAGUCAGCAGUUUGCGAUCUAACUGGAUCCAGCUCGGAAUUGGGAGAAUGAUGGACGAAUUGUCGAUUACAAACCGGUCCGGUCAGCCCAACCCUGUCAGAGCAGGGUGGGUUCAUCCGGAGUGAAAUCAGUCGGCUCUUAUCUGUUGGCUUCUCCGCCGCCGGGCGGCGAUGUCCGCUUUCUGCCUAGACCUGCAGACGUCUGCCGUGGUUUCAGCACCACUGGAGCUGGACAGCGACUGCAUGGAGCCCCGGACCAGCCCCGCUGCUCACGAGCCCGGCGGCUUUCAGGGUCACCCGGGGCACGCCGGCUCCGGAGGCCUCGGCAUGGCCUUGGAGGAGGAACUGGCCAUGCUUACCGGGGAGCGCGACGAUGAGGAGGGACUGGCGGACCUAGGGACGCCUGCGGUGGGGCAUAACGCAGACUUGCUAUCGCUCGUCCGUCAAAAGGAAAAAGACUUGGUUUUAGCUGCUAAACUCGGCAAAGCGCUGCUGGAGAGAAACCAAGACUUGACGAAGCAAUAUGAGAAAAUGCACAAAGAUCUCAACGAGAAAUUAGAGCACUUGGAGCAGGAGAAGCAUGAGUUGCGUCGGCGUCUGGAAAGUCGAGAGGGGGAGUGGGAGGGUCGUGUGGCCGAGCUGGAGACGGACGUCCAGCACUUGCAGGGUGAGCUGGAGCGCCACCAAGUCCAGCUGAGAGAGGCUGACAGAGACAAGACCAAGGCCAUCAGCGAGCUUUCUGAACAGAACCAUAGACUGCUGGAGCAACUCAGUAGGGCUGCAGAGGUGGAGAGGCAGCUGUCCACUCAGGUCCAUUCAUUACGGGACGACUUCAGGGAGAAGAGUAUGUCCACAAGCCAGCACAUGACGCGACUGGAGAAUCUACAGGCGGAGCAAGGGCUAGAAAUUAAGAUGCUGUCGGAGAGGAAGAUGGAGCUGGAACGCCGGGUGCACGCCAUGCUGGAGGAGAACGAGCUGCUGCAGAAUACGGUGGACGACCUCAGAGAGAGGACGCUGGUGUUUGAGAGGCAGUGUCACGAGAAGGACCUACAGUUGCGGCAGAGCCAGCUGGAGCUCCAGGAGGUUCAGAUGUCUCACAGGCAGCUGACUGCUCGGCUGGAGGAGUUGACGGAGGAGCACAGCCUCCAAAGCCUCACCCCGCACCCGUCCAGCCUGCUGUGUGAGAUAGAACAAAGCAUGGAGCAGGAGGAGCAGGAGCAGGAGAGAGAGCAGCUCCGUCUUCAGCUAUGGGAGGCCUACUGUGAAGUUCGAUCGCUCUGUUCCCAUCUCCGGGGAAACGAUGUCACAGACUCGGCGCUGUCCACUGACUCUUCCAUGGACGAGUCCUCGGAGACGUCCUCAGCCAAGGAUGUGCCUACUGGGAGCCUCCACACCAGCCUGCUAGAGCUAAGGAGGCUAACACAGAAUCUCCUGGAUGGUAACGAGUCCACGGGCUCGCGGCGCAGUGAUGAGGAGGCUCUGGAGGAGCAGGUGAGGAAGCUGGGAGAGGAGCUGAGGGACGUCAGAGAGCUGUACGAAGCCGAGCAGGACAAAACACGCAGCAAUGAGGAGGAGGUGCUACAGCUGCACAAUCAGAUGGCGCUGCUCUCUGUAGAGAUGUGCUCUCUCCGGGAGGAGAAUGAGCGGAUGCAGACGAUGGCUGAAAUCCGAGAGCCGAGCGAGCAGCUCCAGAGUGCUAUCAGAGACAGAGACGACGCCAUAGCCAAGAAGAAAGCGGUGGAGAUGGAGCUGGCUAAAUGUAAAAUAGACAUAAUGUCUCUGAAUAGCCAGCUCCUAGACGCCAUCCAGCAGAAACUCAACCUGUCGCAGCAGCUGGAGGCUUGGCAGGAUGAUAUGCACAGAGUGAUUGACCAGCAGCUGAUGGACAAGUACCAGGACGAGUGGCGCUCGGCCCCUUCUUCCCUGUCGGGGUCGUCGAGGGCCCACGGCGGUCAGUCCUCCAGACGAGCUCACCGCAUCUCUGACCGGGACAAGAGACUUUUCUCUUUUUUCAAAAAGAGCUGAGCUCCAUUGGACUGGCCCUGAGCACAGCAGACAGACAGAGACAGACGAGGCGAGGGAGAAGGAGGGGUGACAUCACAGUACGGGGGUAACAACACAGCCAA